AAAUAUAGUGAUCUCGCUUUAGCAUGACGAUAAAUUUUCACCUUUCAGAGGCUAGCGCAACUGUGUGCAAUUUAGAGAAGCAUUGGGUAAAAAAUGAAAGUUCCAAGUUGGCAGUGUUCGUGAAUAAGGCAAAAUUCUCCAGUUUUCCGUCUUGUUCUGUGAAUAUUUGUUACUAUUCCCACAUAGUAGAAUGUUUGUUUAAGUGAUACUGUUGUGAAGUUUGUCGGGCGAAGCAAAAUGUCUUGGCAACCGGGGAUUCCGCCCCAAGUUCCACCCCCUCAUUCUACGCAGUCGGUGCCUCUGGCGCCUUUCAAUCAGCAGCAGGAUCCGUCACAACAGUGGCAACAGGCACCUCAGCAACCGGUAAAUCCAGCUCCUGGACACCUGUGGCAAGGAAACAGUGGCAAUCCUGGCUGGCAAGCCACCGUGCAACGUCAGCAACUGCCCGGUGGUUUUGCUACUCAAGUACCACAUCAGCAAAGUAGCACGUCAAACAGUGGAGCGCCUUAUCAGACCCACAACAUGACUUCGAAGCACUUUCAGGCGGCGGACGGAUUCGAUAAUCCGGGAGAUGGCUGGGGUGACUGGGACUGGAACGAUAAUCAGCAGCAACCCGUACCACAGCAGACGUUCCAGCCCUUUCAGCAGAUGCAGCAGCCUGCGCCAGUUCAGACACCAAAUAACAACGUCAAUAAUUUCGCUGCUCCAGUCGUGAAUCAAUUUCAAAUGCAACAAAAUCCCGUCGUUCAUCAUGUAAAUCAGAACAUAAUUGAAGACAGCUUUUCGACUGAUCAGACGAGCUGGAAUUGGAGCCUAGAUACGAGUCAGAAAGCCUCGCCCCAGGCGGCUCCGUCUAGUAAUUCACGAAACACUUUGACGGGCGCAGAAGUAGUAGAGAAUCAACAAUUGCCGGAGAUAAAUACAUCCAGUCUACCUGAUGAUUCAAGAAAUACUCAAGGAAACCUCCCCAACCCACUGUUAACGCGUGUCAUGAAAAGUGACCAUCAACUGACACCGCAGUGGUCGACGGAGAGUCAAAUAUCUCACUCCUCGAGCGAUCGAUCGGGUGAGAGUGAAAAUCUCGAUUCGAGGAGUAGCAAUACAACCUCCGAUGAUCGCUCAUUUUCUCCUAAGAAGACGGAGUACAAUCACCAAGAGCCUGAUAAGCUGGAUGAGGCACUGAUGGCACUGAAUGUGUCAGUUCCACCGAAAAUAGACGCAUCCAAGAGUCCUCCUUUGAUUGAGAGGCAAACCCAGUCACCGGGAGUGCUUUCCACGCCACCUCCAACUAAUUUGCAACGGUCUUCACCGGCUCCACCACCUGCAGUAGCACCAAUGCAACGACAGGCAGAUAGGAAUCCCUUCAAGAGAUCUGGAAUGGCAGUUCAUAAGACGCUUCAAUUUCAGACAGCACCCAAAGCAACAGUUUCCUUGGAGAACUUCUAUCAACCCCCAAUUGCUGCGAGUCAGGAGACGGUUAAUCAGGAAAAUUUAGUGCCGGACAAUGCGGAAAUCGUCCCAAAAAUCAGCAAUCAAUAUCCUGUAGUGCGUCCAGGGCCAGAAGUUGAGAAUCAUGAAAUAGCGCCGAACAAUGAUCGCAAUCAAUUUUUGGAAACAGGGCAUUUGGCCGAAGAAAACCUUGGUAUCCCUGUUCCGGUGACGAAUUCUCCUCCUUCAGAGGCAAUUGAUAGUUUACCUCCUCCCGGGCUCUCACGCUACGUUCUCGGAGAGCCGGAGGCAAGGUUCACCGGGGGAAUAGAUUUGCCAGAACCACCUCCAGGAUUGGAUCGAAUGGUGCCUGGGACAGAUUUGGCAAAUGCAUCAAAUCUGAGCAUGGAACGUCAAGCUGAUGGGCAAGUGUCAAAUUUGCUCUCGACGACAAAUCGCCGAAUAGUGCAGCAAGUGCCUGACAACACCUCGAGUUUACCAGAGAGAAAUUUGUAUUUGGCCUCUGGUGAAAGUGAUUUGCAGCCACAGAGUCAACGUGUUGUGACAGGUGAUGAAAGUGGAAGAGUUACGCAUACUUUCACACCAAUAGUUCAAGUUCAGCCACGGGAUCAUGAAAUGGCUAUCAAUGAUCAGAGGCGAGAUCUUGAGAUGGACGGAGAGAAUCUGCAAGAUGAGCCACAGCGACUGGACAGACUGCGAGACGAGCCAAUCGAGGGGGCAAAUACAGGAGAUGAUGAUAACCAAGGAGGAAAUUUGGCGGGCAAUAUCCCAACAGAAGCGGAAUCUGUGGCCACGAUUGACACUGGUCGCAAAGAUGCAUCAAAUGUAUCCACUUGCGAUGACAGUGAUAAGGAUCGCAACUACUAUAAGUCAGGAGGUCGGCGGGAUGAUCGAAGGAAGAACAAGGAACGAUAUGAUUCCGAGGAUUCGGAGUAUGGUAGUGACCAUGGCCGCCGACGGUAUAGGGAGGGAAGCAAUAGAGAUGAUCGAUAUGAGAGAGAUCGCGAUAAGUAUGGACGAUAUGAUAAUCGAGAGGGGAGAUAUUCUUCCCGAGAGGAAUACAAUCGCCGUCGUGAUGAUCGUGAUGAUGUAGACAAUAGGCGUGAUGAGAAGGGCAGAAGAUACAGGCGUGAAUAUGACAGAGAGAGGAGAGAUGAUCGACGUAAAGAUGAUCGAUACAGAGAUCGCGAUGAGAAGGACCGCGAUCGGCGACGCGGAAGGAAAUAUGAUUACGAUGAUGAUUACACGAGAAGAGACAGGGAUCGAGAUGUAGAGCGAGAUAGAGGGGGAAGAGAUGAUCGCCGCAAAGAUGAUCGCUACAGAGAAAGAGAUGAUAAGGAUCGUGAUCGUAAGCGUGGUGAUCGCAGAUAUGACUAUGAUGAUGGUUAUCACAGAAGUGGCAGCAGGAAUACCGAUCGUGAGCGAAUGCGCGAUAAGGAUCCACGUUACAAUCAGGGAUAUUAUCAAUCGGGAUACGGAUAUGACUACUCCUAUUACUCUCAGCAACAAAUGCAAUACUACGAGGCACUUCGCAGGACCAAUCCUCAGGCUUAUGCUGAAUGGUAUCGAAAGUACUAUGCUCAGAUGCAGCCGCAAGUUGCUGCGAGUGAUAUCCCAACGGAUGGGAGGGAAUCUGUACAUUCCGGACGCAGUUCAGCAAAUGACAAGGAGCGGUACAGUCGCUCGAUGCAGCAAUUCUAUCAGCCACAUGAUUAUCAGCGAUCAUUCAGUCAAUCCAAUAAUUCCACUAUCAUGGAUGGAAGCUAUGUGGGUGGCAAUUCCGGCGCUUUUCAGCAGCAACAGCAGCAGCCUUCAUCGCUUCCGUAUCAGCAGCCGCAAUCGUUCUAUGUACCGAAUUCGGGUCGACAGUUUUAUUCCCAAAGUGACUAUUCCGAAUCCAGAUACGACAAUACAUACAACUUGGAGAAGACUUCUGAAACUGAAGUGGCAAGAUUGACGCCAAAGAAGUUCACAAACGAGCACACAAGUGCCUCAUUGUCGGCUGCUGGAUUGCUGGUAUGCAUUAAGCCACGCUAUACAGCGUCAGGUGUGAGCAAUUUAGUGAAAAUCCUUAAUGUGGGCGCAAAUGAUACCACAAGAAAACUGUUCCAAGCUUACCCGGGCCCACUGGUUCGUGGAACGACUCACAAGAAAACUGUUAUUGAAUUCUGUGAAGAUCAAAUACGCCUUGGACCACCGUCGGAUAUUUUGCGAUCUCGCGGUAACUCCAUGAGCAGUUUGUGUUCACAGCAAUCUGCAAACAGAUCUUCUUUCACACUACUUUGGAAUUUACUGAUUCUUCUCCUGAGACAAAAUGGGAUGGUGGUUGGAACAGAUAUUUCGGAACUUUUGAUGAAAAACAAGACAGAAUUCCCCUAUGAACUUGAUCAGUCCUCUGCAUCCGCUAAGAUUGCCAGUGGACGUAAUUCAGUUCAAUCUGAUGCCAAGAAGUCCCGUGACAACAGUGAUGCAGAUGUUGAUGAAAGUAUUGAUGAGGAAGAUGUUCAGCAAAGUACUGCAGCGAAGUCUGUUUUUUCACCGGAAGAAGUCACUGACAAAUUUCGCAACUAUCUUCUCUAUGGAAAUGUAAAUGAAGCCCUCGAUUGGGCCACUGAUAAUAAUUUAUGGGGGCAUGCUUUAUUCCUUGCCUCAAAAGUCGAUCGCAGAUCUCAUGCCAAUGUUAUGAUGAAGUUUGCUAACAAGCUUCCGCUGAAUGAUCCUCUUCAAACACUUUAUCAGCUUAUGAGUCUACGUGCUCCAUCUUCAGUGACGAGUGUUGUGGAUGAGAAAUGGGGAGAUUGGCGUCCACAUUUGGCUAUGAUAAUAUCAAACACGUCUCAAAAGCCUGAGCUCAACAUAAAAGCUAUCACAACUCUUGGGGAUUCUCUGUACAAUCGUGGAGAUGUGUUUGGAGCGCACUUUUGCUAUUUGAUGGCGCAGGUGAAUUUUGGAAAGUAUCGAAAUGUCAAUCAGGAUUCCACACUAAUGUCGAAUUCAUCGACAUCACCGCGUUUGGUGCUGCUUGGAUCAUCUCCAUAUCGCAGUUUCAAGCAAUUUGCUACAUCUGAAGCGAUAAUGAUGACAGAAAUCUAUGAGUAUGCUUGUACACUGAACGAUGAGAAGUUCUCAGUGACGGAAUUCCAGCCUUAUAAGUACAUCUUAGCAUGUCGAAUGAUCGAUUAUGGGAUGCAAUUGAAGGCUUUGCUGUAUAUGGAGCAAAUCUCUAGGCAUAUUCAGAAGGAUCCUAGCAAAUAUGAAGCGACUUUCAUUGAGAGAGUUUUUGCAAUGGCAGAUAGAUUGAAGUACUACGAUCCUAUGCAUGAUAAAUUGCUUGAUGAGUCUUCAACGGAUGCCCAGGAAGGAACUCAAGAUGGACAGAAUUGGCUUAAUGAUCUUCAAUCUGUCCUGCGACAAUUUAAUAGUGGAGUUUUGUCAUAUGAAUCAAGUUCAAUGCAGAAUCUGGCUCAAAAUACUUCAACAACAUCAGUCCCUACUCCAUAUCCACAAGCUCAGAAUGUGGAUUUUUCAAAGACAGAAAUCGAUGAGCAGUUCAGAGAAAUAAAUCAUCAAUUCAAUCAACUGAAUCUACAGUAUCAAGCUGAUCAGCAUAAUCAGCCCAUUUCGCUUGACUACUCGGCCCCAGUGAUGAAUCCGCCAGUUCCAGACUAUCAGUCGCAACAACUGAACGAUCCUUAUCAAAAUCAAUAUUCUUCUGUGCCGUAUGGAAGUGUUGAUCAAGGAAAUCCGGUGACAUCAAUGGAUAGUCCCAAUUACUAUGAUCCAUCUCAGUUUGGUGGUCAGCAGAAUGCGGACAAUUCAUCAAGUUUUGACUACUAUGGUCAGCAACAGCAACAGCAGCAGCAGCAGCAGUCAAAUAGCGAGCCUCUUCCACCUCCGUCUGAAGCACUCUCACCCACAGAGGGCAAGAGUAGUGAGGAUGUGCCUGAAAUCGAAGAAUUGCAAGAGUCACCUAAACGGCUUCAAAGACAGCCGGUGGAAGAAAUGCCAAAACCACAAAUAACAAUGCCAAAUUCUCUUUCAAACAAGCCCGGCUUCUAUGACGAGACACCACAGGAGAGUGAGAGAAAGGCGAAAAUGAGUGAAGCCGGAGGCAAGAAUCAAAUGGAUAACAGUACGAAGAAGACUUCUGGAAAGGAUGGAAAGCUUCCGGGACAGCAGAAUAAUCAAUCGAGUGGCUGGUUUGGUGGCAUUUGGGGAAAACUCUCAUUAAAGCCCAAGAACCAAAUGAUACUACCUGAUGAUAAGAAUCCCACGAUUGUUUGGGAUCCGGAUAAGAAGAAGUGGGUCAACACAGACGGUGAUACUGAUGAGACGGAGAGCUUCAGGCCUCCACCUAAGAUGGCAGAUUUGACUCCACAGUCUAAUCAUGAGUAUUCAAUACCACAUCAAGAGAAUCAUCCGCCUCAGGUCGCUCAGGCUGUUCCGCAGAGCACUCCAGUUCUUGCUCCGACCCCAACAGCUGAUGCUGCUCCAACGCUCAAGGGCAACAACAACUUGCAAUCGAAUAUGUUUAAAAUGCAGCGAAACAGAACUUUGAAGAAUUCAUAUGUGGAUGUCUUCAAUCCCAGCGGUGCCCCAAUGAAGCCAAUUCAGCCGGUGAUGGCACCCACACUGCCUUCAGUUCCGCAGACAGGCUUCUUUGUUCCUCAAACUGGAAGUGGUGCUACAUCGGAUCAAACAGAUAAUACACCCCAAUUUUAUAAUCCAAACCAAUUUGGUAAUUUUCAGCAGUAGCCAAGAAUUUGCAUAGAAGGA